GUAUGCAAACCAAUAUUAUAAAAAACAUAGCCCGAGCCGCGCCUAGGCGGCUUUUGAGAUGGGGCAGGGGUGAAAACGUCUCUAUUCAAUGAGACUAGGUGAAAACUCGCCUAGACGUGGUUGAGGCGUGCCUAGACAUCUGAAAUCCUUACUUAAAAUUUUCUACGGACCUCUGGAAGUCAAAGGUUGGGCCUCUGAGGCUCUUCCCUCUGGGUUUUUUUUUUCUGUUGCAGUGGUGGAGUCUUCGAGAAGAAGACAACCGCGAAGAAAAAAAAAAAAAAAUUUUAAAAGACUUGGUCCAAAACGACGUCAAUUUCUCUUUUUGAUAUAAUAGUUUGCAAUAUUGAUGGUUUAGAAUAUCGUCAAUUUCACUCUUAGCAGUCGUUUAAAACAUGGCAGAAAAUACGACAGAACGACGGAGAGGGUAAUGAAUUUGGUCAAUGAUUAAUACGAACCCGAGAAUAUUGGAUAUAUCAAAUGUUGUCAGUUUCACUUUGGAGAGGCGCAUGGCCAAUGCGGAUUACUAGGUUACUGUCUUCCGUACGUUUCAGUACAAACUUUAAGGUAGCCACAGCUUCAUCAACCUCGUCAUCUCUGCGUUUGAACUCGUACUUUGAAACCAGUGCUCGUGACCUUGUAUACUCCAACAACCUAAAAAUCGAUGGUUUGAUUAAAGCCGGGGACUUGAACACUGCCCUCAAACUGUUCGAUGAAAUGCCUGUAUACGAUGUUGUUACAUAUAACAUGCUGAUUUCUGGGCACGGCCGACAUGGAUUUCCGGAACAGGCUUUUCACUUUUACGCUGAAAUGGUUUCACAAGGAAUUAGAGAAAGUGCGUCGACUUUUUCGUCGGUUUUGGGUGUUUGUAACGACGCAGGGUUUUGUAGAGAAGGAAUGCAAGUUCAUUGCAGGGUUGUCUCACUUGGGUUCGGCUUGAAUUUGUAUGUGGGGAGCUCCCUUGUGGAUCUUUAUUUGCAUACGGGACUGGAUAAUGUAGCUUUGAAGCUGUUUGAUGAAUUGCCGGACCGAAACUUAGCUGUUUGGAAUUUGUUGUUACGUGGGUUUUGUGAACUUGGUCUGUUGGAUGAGCUAUUUGGUGUGUUUUCCAAGAUGGAAUUGGAUGGUGUGGAUCCAAAUGGGCUUACUUACUGUUAUUUGAUCCGCGGAUGUAGUAAUGGGAGGCUCUUGGAUGAAGGAAAGCAGCUACAUUGCCGCAUUGUUAAGGACAGAUGGGUGGAAUCGAAUGUAUUUGUUGCGAAUGCUCUGGUGGAUUUGUACUCUGCUUGUGGGAGCUUGAUUGAUGCAAAAGAAGCAUUUGAAGCUAUUCAAAUGGAGGAUGUGAUUUCAUGGAAUUCAAUUAUCUGGGUCUGCGCAGAAAAUGGUUUGCUGCUUGAUGCUCUUAAGUUAUUUGUUGAGAUGCAGUUUUGGGAGAAGAGGCCAUCGAUUCGUUCGUUUGUAGGGUUUUUGAAUUUAGCGAGUAGGACUGAGAAUAUUGAACUUGGAAAGCAGAUGCACUCUUAUGUUUUGAAGUCGGGUUUUGGUCACGGUGGGAGUGUUCAUGUUCAAUCUGCUCUAAUAGAUAUGUACGGGAAAUGCGUUGACAUCGAAAGUUCUGUGUCCAUUUAUGAAAGUGUUGGUGAGAAAACGUUGGUGUCUUGUAAUUCUUUGAUGACCUCUUUGUUGCAUUGCGGUUUUAUUGAGGAUGUGGUGGAAAUGUUUGGUUUGAUGGUUGAUGAGGGAAUUGGUAUUGAUGAAGUUACUCUAUCCACGACCCUGAAAGCCUUAUCGAUAUCUGCUUUAGCAAGUUUGGGCAGCUGCAAAUUGGUACACUGUUGUGCAAUAAAAUCAGGUUUUGAAUCUGAUAUUGCGGUUUCGUGUUCACUAAUCGAUGCCUAUGCAAGGUGUGGCCAUGUCAAGCUUUCUCGACAAGUUUUCGAACAAUUACCUUCACUGAAUGUCAUUUGUUUUACGUCGAUAAUCCAUGGAUAUGCACGAAAUGGAAUGGGAAGUGAAGGUCUUGAUUUGCUUCAAGAAAUGAUCUUAAAGGGUCUGAAACCUGAUAAAGUGACAAUCUUGGGUGUGUUAAGUGGGUGCAACCAUUCAGGACUGGUCAAAGAAGCAAGAUUUGUGUUUGAUUCAAUGAAAAAACUAUAUGAUAUUUCUCCGGACAGAAAGCAUUUUUCGUGCAUGGUUGAUCUCUUAGGCCGGGCGGGUAUGCUAGAGGAAGCUGAAGACUUGCUGCGGCAGGCACCAGUUAAUGGGGACUGUGUGAUGUGGAGCUCGUUGUUGCGCAGUUGUAGGGUACACAAAAACGAAACAGUCGGAAGACGAACGGUAAAAACUUUGUUGUUGGAGCUUGAUGUCGAAGAUCCUGACAUUUGGUUGCAAACUUCAAACUUUUAUUCUGAAAUUGGAGAGUUUGACACUGCAAUACAAAUCAGGGAAAUUGCAAUAGCAAGGAAAGUGAAAUGGGAGAUGGGUCACAGUUUGAUCGAGGAUCCCACAUAGUGUGAGAGUUGUCCUAAUCAAGUAGUCUUACGGGAAUUCUCUCCAGUCUCCACUGCAUGAUGCUUUCAGCUAAAUUUUCACCUGGCCGGCCCCUGCUCAUGAGG